CGAAUUUGUGGACGAGGUACGAAAUUUAAUUGAUGUAUAAAUAAUUAUUAGUUAAACUGUCAGCCACCUGAGUGGACUUUGGCUCUUAGAUACGGAGGAGCUGCUGUGCUUAUGCGGAAGAUCAACACUGAACAACAAACUUGGACAUCUACGGGAAGGCUUCAGAACUUGUUUACUCGUGUAACUGCUAUACCAUUAUGGAGGAAGAAGAGGGCCCUGUUGAUGGCGAGAUGAGGACCCCCUUUGCUGCAGAGACCUACGCUGCUGAAGCCAUGGCUGCAGACAUGGACCCCUGGAUUGUUUUUGACUCUAGAAGAACUCCCAGAUCCGAGUUUGAUGGCUGGUUGGAGAGUAACCGGCCCUCCCAAGUGUCCAGAUUUGGAGACGAGGAGGGUGGCGUCAGCCCUGUGGGGUGGAUUGCUGUGGUGGGCCCAAACCACUGCCCCAGUGGUGCGGAUGUCACAGGACUCCAGGAGAGUUGGGAGAAACUUUUGGCGAGUUCCCGGCCUGUCACCUUCCAGACAGUGAGGGAGCUGGCCCUGAACCAUAGGGUACUCUCAGGCAAGUGGCUUAUGCACUUGGACACUGGUUUCAAGUUGGACCAUGCUUGGGAAUGUGUGGCCAGAGCAGCCCUAGAUGGCAAGAUCUCACUCGUUAAAGUCACCCCAUUUGACCGCAAGGCAGAGGGCAAGCAGGUCAUUUGUGCCUAUAACCAGAACUUCACUGAUGAGAAUGAGGUCAUAAGGCUGGAUUCAGUCAUUCGUGCCACAGGGGUCAAAUGCCCUCUCUCCUACAAGCCAGAUGUGUAUACAUACCUGGGAAUCUAUCGGAACAACCGCUGGAAUGUUUGCCCCACCAUAUACGAGAGCAAGUUCGACCUGGAGUGUGUGCCCAGGCGUUCCCACAUCAUCAACAAAGUUACCAAUCUUGAGGUAACAUAAGCUACUCAGACCAAGAGAGGAGCUUUGCUGUAACAGUAUGUGAAGAGGUGCGUGAUGAUCCCAGGAGAUGGGUUGGACAGUACAGUCCUCUGCCUGCAACUAUUUAGAACAUCAUUGGUUGAAUUCUGAUCACAAGUUCUUCCUUUUUUUUUUUUUUUUUAGAAAACCCCCCCACUAAAUUUGUCUCUUUUUGUGUUGUAAAAUUUUCUGAAUGACCUGAAACACUUUGAUUUUUUUGUAUUGAAAAUAUUGUAUACAUAAGCAAGAAUAGUAGUACUAACAAGAUUCUAACAGGCUCGAGUGACGGGAAGAAGACUAACGUCCUUGAUUUGUAUGCACAUUUUCAGAAGAUCCAGUGAAGCACUCCUUGUUGCUAUUUUACAUUUGUCUCUUGCGUUCGGCUUUAUUUUUUUUUCCUUUGUACUGUAUAACAGUUACAGAGUUGCAAAGUAAAAUAUUCUUUUGAAAAUCA